AAGAAGCUUCAAGCAGAAAUUGUUGUCUUGUUUUGUGAUUAGGCAAAAAUUGUCCCAAUUCACCUUCCUCUCCAUGACCUCUUGAACCAAGUAGAAGUUAAUCCCACCCUUCCGUAACAAAAGCUCAGUAAGAAGCUUUUGUUCCAAUCUUGGUAUGAAUAAUGAAGCAAUUAAAGCCGCCCAAGAAGCAGUUCAAAAGUCAGAGGAGUUUGAUAUAAGGCGGAGCCCUAUAUCAAUUGCUUCAGCAGUUAUUUAUAUUAUAACGCAGCUUUCAGAUAAUAAGAAGCCUCUUCGAGAUAUUUCAAUAGCCACUGGAGUUGCGGAAGGGACAAUCCAAAAUUCAUACAAGGAUCUUUAUCCCCACAUAUCAAAGAUAAUACCAAACUGGUAUGCCAAGGAAGAGGAUCUCAAAAACCUGUGCAGUCCUUGAAGUCAAGUAACAGUAAUACAAUUAUCUCAACAUG